UAAUUUGUUGAAAUGUAAAUCUGUAAGAUAUUUAAACAAAUAAUGAGGCUAGCCAACUGAGGCUCCCUCGAUUUAGAGCUUCGUUGUUCAUCGGAUCUGUAUUCUGCCGCGUCUGAGCCAUCGGAUCUUCACAGCGGUCAAAACUAAUUUUCACCGCGGUCGUUUUCAUUGUCCAAUGACGGGUGGGCUCGCGUGGCGUGGUGGUUGGCUGGGUUGCCUGUUUUCGCGUGCAGGGCGUUUUGCCCAAUCCGCACCGCGCGCUCCGCACCCAAUCCCUCGUCUCCCAGGCACAGCCCACACCGGACAAACCCUAGCCUCACCAAGCCCCACAUCCCGCACUCCUCCCUCCUCCUCCAUCCUCGUUAGCCGCCGCCGCCCUUCUGCCUCCCUCCUCUCUGUCCUACAACCACGUCGCCGUGAGGAAGCUGCCGUUCGUGGCGCCGUACCGCUGUCGGGGUGCUGCGCAAGCUUCGUUCCCCACAGCCCCUCGCUCAUCCUCGCUCGUCACCGCCACUGCCUGCUACUCCCCUCCACCACCGUUGAUGCUUCUGGGUCGAAUCUGGCAUUGGUGGGUCGGAGCUCGAGCUAGAGGCCGAGACGGGGAAGGUCAGAAAAAGGAGAGACCGGAUGGAGGUGCUCGAGGCCGAGGAAGCUACCGAUGGUGAGAUCCCUCUCCCCAUAUCUAUUCUCUUAGUUUUUCUCCAUCAGCACAACUAGCUUCACUAGCCAUCCGGUGGUUGGAGCACGGGGCAACGCUCCGGUCGCGAUGGGGUGGAGCUGCACAGGUGAGGGAGGAGGCUGGCACAGGGAACUGGGCCAGGGAGGAGGCAAGGACGAGGGCGUUGGCUGCAGGGGCACCGAGAAGAAUGGAAGGCAGAGCUCGUGUGAGGGCACGACUGCAGGAGCUAACGAUGGUCAUGGUUUGCCUCUACUACAUCGUCUGCCAAAGAUAGAUCCAGAAAGAUAUGGGCUUCUCUCUGAUAAACAAAGGAGAUGAUAUUGCAAUAUGCUAACCAGAUUAUUGCUGCACAUUUGUCUGUUUGAUGUCUUGGUUGUGGGAUCUGAAACACUAUGCAUUCAGAUCAACAUUACACAGGCAAGGAGCGAGAUGAUGCCAAGCAGUGGAAGAGAAUGGUAACCAAAGACAACUUUGUUGGUCCUUGGUCAUGGAUUUACAAGAAAGCCAACAGAGUAUGAAAAGGUUCUCAUGGGACUCACCCUGAACUGAAAUCUAUGUUCAACCUUGGUAUAAUUCUAUGACAAAAACCCCAGGUGGUCCAAUUUUCUUUCUUUCUUUCGUGUUUAUUGUUUUUGGUUUGUUAUAACCGAAUUUAUAGCCUACUAUUCGUGGGUUUCUUUUAUUCUGUUUUGGUGGGUUCUAAGCUAUGAAAUUAGGAAACAUAUAGUUUAUUAGUUUGAGACCUGCUUCAAGAUAAAGAAUGAAAGGAAGAAUUAUUAUUUCAUGAUGACACACAUGACUGUCAAACUGCAGAAAAUACUUGAUUUAUGUACUGUAUGAUUCCCGAGUUCCUUUCCUUUCAAGAUUUAUUUGGGGAGAACUCAUGAGCUUAUGAAUGAGUGAUUCGGAUUUGUCUAAUUGGGAACUAGCAAAUCAUGCAAACUAAGGGUUUUUCUGCUCAUAUAGACUGGUUGGUCGAUGGCUUCUUGAUACAUCGUACCUUAAACAACAUAAUUUCUGAUUGAGGGGACCAGGUUGAUGCCCUGUUUGAUGUGAAUUUUCUGGGAUGUGCUGCCAUAUACUUCCACCACUGUAUACAACAAUGAGUACAACAUUUAACAUGGGCAUGAUGUUAAAUUUGAGUGAAUCUAAGGGCCUACUGGCUGCAUAAUCUGUGGCUAUAUUUUUUAGUUUAUUUAUUUAUUUUUGUGUAUGCAAGGAGCAAUUCUACUAUCUCUUCAUGGUUUAGCGUUUAUAUAUUAGUUGGAUAGUAUCUCUUUAUUCUGUUGUUGUGACUGACUAGCUGCUUACUUAUAUGGACAACUUGAACUGAAAAGCAAGAGUAGAAGCCCAUGAGAUGAGACACAAGGAAAAUAUGCAUGAAAAUGGCACAUUCAUGAUUCAGUUUGGUUAGCAAGUAUGUUAGCGACUUCCCCUGCUCUCGCAUGGGAUCGACAAUGGGCCAUAACUACUGGGCUUGGGCUGCUCGGUAGUCAGGCAACACGGGGCAACUACAAAUACAAGGGAUAGAGUUACGAACAACUUGGCUAGGAACUGGACGGCUUCGGCCUCCUCUGCUUCUGUAUCUCCUCCCUCUCGUGUUCCUCUCCUCUGUAAUGGCUAGACCUUGGUGAAUCCAUGGCUUGUAGUUCUAAUUGAUGAGGAAUAGAUCUCUGUGAGAAGAGUGCUGUUAACAAUUGGUAUUCAGAGCCAAUCGAUUCCUCCACGCAAAAUCCACACAAAAUUUCCCCACCGUAAUCGAUCUCCAGCCAUGUUACGGGGAUCAGCUUGGGCUGGCCGCCCUGAUCGAGUGUUCACGUCGGUGGAGGACCCGCAGCAGCGACGCCUCGCCGAGUGGAUGGACCAAGACAAGCAGGCGCGGCGUCGCGCCGAGUUUCGCAUCCGUAUUGCAGCCAUCGCGGCGCAGGUGGCUUCCGAGGUGUCGGCGGCGGUAGCAUCGGAGGUGUCGGCUGCCGUUGCCGCGGCGCUACAGUCUGCGCGGGCGGGGCACCACGAGUACCUCGACCUUGAGUCGACGACCACAUCGACCCCAACUGCUCCAGUGGCGGACGACCUCGCCUCUCCCACCGCAGCAUCAAAUUUGUCCGAGGUCAUCGUCGGUGUCGUCACCGAGUGUGGCUGCACCGACCUCGAGCCCACGGCCGCGACCUUAACUCUGACCUCCGCACUGGACAUCUCGGGCGCCUGUUCAGCGAUGAACUCGCUUGCGCUCCCUACAACCAGUGGCUGCUCCGCCGUGGUGCACACCACGUGUUCGACGCAAUGCGCAAGCCGCACCGUCACCAUGUCGGUGUCAGCGACAGCUCCAGCCACAAUGUCAGCUUCGUCCAAGGUCACCGGCGAUGUCGUUCCCGAGCUCUGCUGCCUUGACCUUGAACCAUCAGAUGUCCUCGAGCUUAUCAGAACGCCGCCCAAGUGUUCGACAGAAGGUCUGAAUGACGACCCCGUGGUCAUGCAUGAACAGCAGGAGCGCUCCAAGGAAUAUGAACAUUCAGUACAAGAUGCCAACAUGCCCUGUGUGCUUCAUGUCAUCAACAGUUGUGAGUUCCCUGGAACUACCAACCAGGUCAAAACUGCAGCCCUUCGCCCAACUAAAUCAAUCACCGAGCACAAGCUAAUUGGUGUGGAUUCACUGCACACACCGUGGACUCCAGCGAGGAGCACAACUUGUAGAAUGUUCAACGUGCAAGGUACACUGUAUGUUAUGCAGUUAUCAGGGGAAUUGCAAGACUUGGAAACAGUGGAACCUACAGGGAGUGCAGCUCUCACUGUGAUUUAUAGUGUUCCUGGAGUUCAAACAGCAUGGCUGAAUCCAACUGUAUUCAAGUGGUCAGAUCUUUUUUGUUUUGCCACACAAUUUCUUAGUGCAAGCACUCUUGAUUUAUUACUAGCGAAGCGAGAUGCACCUACUGUGAUUGGGAAUUUGUGCUGUGAGAUUCAGAGCAAGGGAAUAAUAAUAGAGAGACCAUAUUGGCAAUUGAUUGCGGAAGUAAGUUUGGAAGCACUCAAGCUUUCAUGGCUGCCACCUCAAGGUAUUAUUUGUGUACCACUCAGAAUUUCUCUACUGAAGAAAUCAAUUGGCAUAUCUCGACAAUUCUAUUGGGAGGGUACAAAUUCUUUUGCAGUAGUGUGGGCACUGACUUUGCAAGUGUACGAGCAUAAGAACAGAUGCAGUUUACUAGAACAUGAUACAUCAGUGGUGCUCCUUAUUGCUCAUGGUACUACUAUCGUUCAGUGCAUCCUUGUGCAUCAGGAGAGGUCCAUUGGAAGUUUGAAGAUUGAUAUGUCAACUAGAGAUAUAAUUGCAGCAUUACAUAGGAAGAAGCCAAGGCCUUGUUGGACGACAUUUUUCUAUGGCCACCAGUUACACUAUUCUGACCAGUCAGAUUCAGUUACAAAUGUUUUUCAGAACCAGCACAGAACUGAAUAUUCUAUUGGAAGAGUCAUUCUUGAGGAUUUCCAGUGGGCACCUGCUUGGUCCUUUUCCAUGGAGUUUUUGCUAUUUGGAGAUGAAUGUUCGUUUGAAGCUCUGUUGGGCUGCCACAUCUAUAGUGCGUGUUUGUUGGAUAAAAGCAUGGGGAUCACUCUAGGAAGCGAUGCAAGCUGCGGUGAAUGCAUAAUAAUCAGUCCUUGCCGUCCCCAAUUUCAACCCGAACCAUGUGAAGGUACUUGUUUCUAUAGCUUUCGUGUUGUAGUUUUUUCACGAGUUGUUCCUGCGAUGAGGCUUGCAUACUUUGAGAGGCCUGGAAUGGGGCUAUAUCAGGAAUAUAUGCAGCUGAUUGGUAUGAUUGGGAGGCAGGUUCCUGCUCUUGAUUUAUGGGCUACCAGAAUUGUGUUCCAGCCAAGGGAAACAGAGGGCGUGCAGCCUAGCGCAUAUUCCUUCUGUUUGGAAAUUUCCUUUCAACACCGCCCAUGUUUCCAACAACAAGUUUCCAGUUCAGGAGGUGUGCUACUCUGAACCUCUCAACCACAAGCUUGGUAAUGGUAGUGGCCUUUCCACCGGUAUUUGAAGAGGGACAGACAAGUGCCAUGCUCUGUAUGGACCAGAUGAUGAUGAAAACUGGGCAUGUUAUUCAAUGUGGUCUGGAGUAUGUCCAAUGGGAGAUUGCACGGUCACUUAACUUGAAGUACAUGGAUAUCAUCAAACAGUCCAAGCAACAAAUUCUUGCCGCAACAUACCCUGAGUUGUAUUUUCCAUGGGAUCCAGGCGAUGUCGUAGCACAACAUAUCCUGCUUCCAACCAGACCAUGGGCUCUGGCAUCAGCCAAUCGACAUGUUGCUAGGAUCUCCUCUUAUGUGCCUGUUCUUGGGGGAGAAUUCUUUGCUCCAUGGAAUAAUGGUAGCUGCAACAGGGGGAGCUGUCAUUGCAAAGUGCUAGUCUAUCUUCACAUGGACGAGUUCAGUUGCCUAAGAAUACAGUAUCCUAACGGCAAAAGGCUCAUCGGGGAAGAGUGUUCCUAUGGAAGAUUUCCUGGCCAAUGGUUCUGGAGCACUCUACUAUUGACAAGACACCUAAUUCCUGUAGAAACACUGAGGUCCUUCGCACAAGCUAAAGCUACAGCAGGGAUGAAGGUUGAAGCUCCAACCUUCUAUUGCGUCUGCUACCUUGGCCAAGACCCCGACGGCCACAACUACUACAUCGUCCUCAUUCAAGUGCAUCCCGUCAUUCGACUACGGCUACCACGACGAGCCCAUUACCACCAGCAAAAUUCAAGUGCCAUGGGAUCCUGGUGGUUCAACAUGGCGUCGGCUUGAGGUCAAGCCGAAAAUUAAGGAGGGGGGAAUGUUAGCGACUUCCCCUGCUCUCGCAUGGGAUCGACAAUGGGCCAUAACUACUGGGCUUGGGCUGCUCGGUAGCCAGGCAACACGGCAACUACAAAUACAAGGGAUAGAGUUACGAACAACUUGGCUAGGAACUGGACGGCUUCGGCCUCCUCUGCUUCUGUAUCUCCUCCCUCUCGUGUUCCUCUCCUCUGUAAUGGCUAGACCUUGGUGAAUCCAUGGCUUGUAGUUCUAAUUGAUGAGGAAUAGAUCUCUGUGAGAAGAGUGCUGUUAA